ACAAUUUACAACAUUUAAAGUAAUUUUUACAAGUAACUGUAGGAGAAUUAGAUUCAAAUGUAGUAAUUAAUAAUAAAAAAAAAAUAUCAAAGGUAUGUAAUCUAUAUUUAAUAAUAUCGAUUCGAAACAUCGAUGUACCGUUGCCAUUGUUAUUAGUGACUCUUCGAAACGAACCUAAAAGUCGUAAGUGGUAAGUAGGUACACAUCGAAGCCUUCGAUUUAAACGCAUUAGAGUACAACAAACGCGUAAAAUGUUUAUAAAACACGAGUCAAUACAAUAAAAUAAAUGAUUUUCAUAACUGAUAUUAUUCGAAGGCAAACAUUCUCGUUGAACAUACUCGCAUGGGUCACAAAAUAGAUUCGAUAAACAUGAAUGUUCGUAAUAAAAAUGCCGCCUUUUCGUUCGGUUUUACCACUGCUGGCGGUAGUUCUAUCAAAGUAUCCGAUAAAGCUUUGUCGAAAGCACAGCAAUUUUUUAAAGACGAUUCAGAAGUUACUGACAACAAUCAUCAAAAACCAUCCAAGAUUCAAACACGAACGAAUGAGUCUCGUGUGAAAAUACCGAAUGUUGGACUUGAAACAAACGCGCAACUUGUUGACGCAAGAAAUGGAGCGUUACUAAAAAGGCAAGCAUUGUGUCCUGCGGAAACUUCAGAUAACACGAGUAAUGUUGUUUCUGCCAGCUAUAAUUCACUCUGCAUCUCUGAUGAAGAUUUAUCAAAAGCCGUACAACAAUUUGAAGAUCACGAAACGUAUAAUGGAUUUCAAACUGUGGGUGAUCAACGUUCUGAGCCAAUGAAACGAGCAGCACCAAGUGUAGGAAUGUUAUUUCAUAAAGAAACCAUAGACGAUAUGAAAGAUAUGUCUUCGAUAGGUUUCAGUACUGCAGGAGGCAGUUCGAUUAAUGUUUCCAAAACGGCUGUAACGAAAGCAAUGCAGCUAUUUGCAAAUGAUUUGGAAGACACGAACACAUUCGAAGAAACAUGCUUGGUCGAUAAGCAAUCUAAUAAUUACGAGACGCCGGUUAAACCUGUUGGGUUUCAAACUGCGAGUGGUCAAUGUAUGAACAUUCCAGAGGAAGCUCUAUCGAAAGCGAAAGCAUUAUUCAACGAAGAAAGUUUGGAAGAUUUUGAGAGCAGUGCCUCGUCAAAGAAAUUGCUGCAGAAACGCAAAAUUGUAGAUUUAAAUGACGAUGCGAUCGCAAAUAAGCAAGUGACGUCCAAUCAGUUUAAAAAGUUACGGUUCAGCAGCGAAUUUGAGGUUAAGAAAAAUGUAACGAAUGAUGAUAAAAGUGAAAAUCGGGUAGUCGAGAUUUUACCUUCGAACAACAAUGUCGAUAAAUUUAUUAAUGAUAUUUACAAAACAGAAGCAAAUAAAGAGCACAAGGAAAUGGAAGAUAAUCGCUUGAUUUCCCAUGAAAUUGUAGAGAGUGCAGCCGCGCUGUUGGCGGAUGAAAAGAGUUCAGAUUCCUUCGAACGAUGGAUCUCACCGGUUGAAAACGUAGAAAACAAAGAUACUGCGAACGAAUCAUCCAGUCCUGUAUUAGGGGGACAGUUUAUUCCCAGAAAGCGGAAGAGCGUAGGCGGACAAAGGAAAAGUUUAAAUGCUUUGAAGAAUAAAAUGCAGAAAUCUAUUUACAUGCAGAAUCCAGAAGAAGACGGUAAUUUAUUAUUAGAGAAACAAAAGUCGAUUGCUGAGGAAGAACAAUGUGAUACUUCUGUCGUUAGUAACUUUGGCGAUACGCAAUUAAUGAUAGACUUUAUCGACGAAUCUGCGAAUAUAGUAGAAAAACGUUUAGAAGCUGCUUCGAAGCAGGAAACGCAGAUUAAUUUGAAAGAGAAAAAUAAGCCUAAGCCAACGAUUAGUGUGUUGUAUUCUCGUCGAAAGACCAACAAUAAUCGUACAUCUUGGAGAGAAAUUAGUAAAGGAAAUGCACCUGUUCCAUGCACGUACGAAGAGCUUGUCGAGCGAAAAUUGCCGCCUGAAAUUUUGGAUAUUACGGCCGAUAAUGCGGAAUCAUACAAAUUUCAAUGUAAAGAUAUUUAUGAGCAGGAUGUGGUACAAAAUAAUAUCGGAGGUAUACGAUUGGAGGACGGAGCGUAUAUGAUUCUGGAUGAAAAUGGCUGUGCAGGGAUAACAGAAAUUAUGAGAGCUUUUUUAGCGAGUCCAGGCGUAGAUCCCAAUUUGGUUCCCACUGGGUGGGUGAAAAAUCAUUAUAGGUGGAUCGUAUGGAAAUUAGCGUCGAUGGACAGAAUAAUGUUAGGUUCCGUGAUAUUGCCAAGAGCGUUGACUCCCGAUAGAGUAAUGAUGGAAUUAAAAUAUCGUUACGAUCGAGAAAUCGACAGAUCUGAAAGAUCUGCUUUAAGAAAAAUUUUGGAAAAGGACGAUGUCCCGUCCAAGAGAAUGAUUUUAUGCGUGUCGUCUAUCACGGAGUGUAAUGACUCUGCUGUAAAUUUAAAUCCGUUGAAAUCGGCGUCGAAGAAAUUAAUAUUAACGGAUGGUUGGUACAGUGUUCAGGCGUUCAUCGAUCAGGCAAUGAUUCAAAAUAUAACGUCUGGCAAAGUGAAAGAAGGGAUGAAACUCGUUACGUAUGGAUCUGAAUUAUUAGAUUGCGAUCAAGGAUAUUCGCCCCUUGAAGUACCGGAGAAUGUUUCUUUAAAAAUACAUACAAAUUCGACGAGAAGAGCUAGAUGGGACGCAAGAUUGGGUUACACAGUUCCCUCGGGGCCGAUGUGUGUUAAAUUAAGAAGCAUUUGCCCAAAUGGUGGUUUAAUUGGGAAAAUUAAAGUUUUAAUUGCAAGAGUGUAUCCAAUUUUGUACUACGAAAAAACUGGUGUCGGGGAAUCUAUAUUCCGUAAUACGAGGUGCGAAGAGAAAGCCAACAUUGCAUACGAAAAAGAAUGUCGAUCGAUGAUAGAAUCAUUUUACGCGAAAGCGGAGAAAUAUUAUUCUACCGGGGGAAGAAAAAGUAAUGAAAAUCCGGAAGGUAUUGAUUUAGCAUCGAUCGAGUGGGACGAAGAUUUUGAAAAAUUGUCCAGAGAGGAAUUCGUGACAAAGCAAGAGCAGGAACGGUUAAUGAACGAACGUCGUCUGAAAGAGGAAAAGUUUAGAAAAACGUUGGAGUCUCGAUUGCAGGAAAGUUUGCCGGCGCCGCGACAAGUCACGCCUGUUCUAAAAAUUCGAAUAAUCGAAGAAGAGAGGAGCGCAAUACUCUCUGUUUGGUCCUCUAACGAAGAAACAACGGACAUAUUGAAAGAGGGAAAUUACGUAUCGAUUUCCAAUGUUAUGCCCCUGGCGAAAAGAUGCGGCGAAGUGCAGCUGACUACGAAUCGAAGUACAUUGUUCAAUCAGAUAAAUGUUUCGAAUAUUGUUUAUCCACGGAGAGCUUACACUGCGUUAAGCGAGGUAAAGGAAGCAAGUUUCGCUCCAGCCUAUGGAGAAUUUGACACAGUAGGAAUCGUUGUUUCCGUUGGAAGCGAGCCAUACGGUAUGAAAAACUUCGAAGCCGUACAUUUCGCAUAUCCGUCGAUGAAUUCCCGGUCUUGGUAUCUCAAUUUAGAAUGGCGGCGUGCUACGUCGUGGAGCAUACCGAUAGCGUAUUGCACAGAACGAACCACCUUUACGCGGAAUCCUCGCCAAAGUCAUUUCCAACAGCCGUUCGAAGAUCUAAAGCGUUCGAUUAUGGACAAUGGUGCGUACGUUGCCGCGUGUGCAGCGGAAAUUUCGGAAGAAGUGGAAAAGAAAUCGAUAACUAGAACGUCUGAUCACUAUACGCCAAAUAGAAAUAGCAAUUUCGAUAAGAUUUCGACCAACGAGAGUAGCAGUAAUACGUUACGAGAACUUUCAGGAAUGAGUUUAACGACCAAUGAAACUAUCAAGUCCGUUGCUAUUAAGAAACGUCUCGAAAGGCUCCAGUAUUACGGAGAACCGUCAAGCUUGUCUCCGAUUAUGUUGAAUAAUAGUUCAAAACGAGUAUCGUUGGAUUUUCGGUCGCCUGUUCGAUCGUCGAAUGUAAACGAAAGGAAAGCUCAGGUAUCGUUGAACAAACAAUUUUCCCAGAAUCUCAGAUGAUACUUGAUACAUCUUGAGCGCCGAAAUUGUUACCAACUU